UUGAGUUAUUUGUAAGGGAGCGGGGCUGUGGAGAAGAGAAGCGAGUGCUGAGAACUGCUGGCCUUUUAGGGCGGGUUAAAAUUAUAACAAAUAAGACAGGACAAUGACGGUGGUGAGCGAGAAGUAAUGUGUAUAACAAGCUGCAGUUCAAACUCGACUGCUAAAACAGUAACCUAUCGUGUUUAUUUAAAACCAUAGUUUGUGGGAAUUUGCCAGAAAUCUCGUAAAUAAGUACAAAAACAUUUAACUGCGAAAAAAAGCCCAGUUUUUUUUUUCUUUUUUUAAUUAUUUCACGUUUCUCUGUGUGGGCGUGUUUUUUUUCCGCUUUUGUUUACAAUCAGGAAGUGGCUAGUCUUACGCCGCCAUUUUCACUUGCUUUAAGACUGCGCCAUCUCGGAAGAAGGGGCUCUCGGCGAAAGCUGGUUCGGUGCAGCGGGGAUUAAUACGGCACACAGCCCGGAGUCCAGAGCAGGGUCUGCAGAGAGAUCGGGGCGACACACAGUGUAGUCGGGCAGAUUGCUGUUUAUACAUGAGGACUCUCUGCCGUAAAGGCAUUGCAUUUCGAGUUCAGAAGGAAAGUUUUAUAUAGUCAGCUAGCCGAUGUGUCCUCUUUCGCCGCCCUUGUGCGAUUUCCAGACCAUGAUCGGGGAAACACUAGCUCACCACGUCGAGUCGAAACUCGACCAUACCGAGAACAGCAAGCCGCCGUCUUACCAUCAUUAUGCAGGGGCCACCAAUAUCAACAAAAGACAGUCUCUGUUGAAGAAAGGUGGGAGGAAAGCCCGCUCGACACCAGCGGCUUUACAAAGCAGGCACCAUCAUCACCCCCAUCGUAACCAGAAACAUCCAAGUUUGGCGAGGAGCAACCCGUCGCGCUUCAGUGAUAUCAACAACAACCUGGGGACAGGCGGAAAGCCAGCCACAGACUGUACGAGCAACACGGGCCGGACUCCUGCAUCUGCUGCGGUAACACUGCACCACCCGAAACAGGGGGCGAAGAAAGAGGUUUUAAAAUCAAAACCGGUAAGAACAGAGAAGACCCCUUAUCCUGGCGGGCAGCCCAUUCACAGCCUGAAUAAAUAUGAGCACCCAGUCCAGUCUGUGAACACCACCAAACAGAAGAUUAAGCACAGCACGCCUGUCAAGGUUUCUCCAAUAAAAAGAAAUGAAAACAGCUAUCGGCCAAGCCCCGCCUCCUUGGACUUGUACCAUAGAGAGGGGAUUAAAAUACCUCUCAACCCUGCCGAUUAUUUUAAGAGCGUUAAAGUUCCUGAAGCUGAAUUGAUUUCUGAAGAGGACCACAAAGAUGGCAAGAAGAACUACGCUGGUGCUAAGUUUAGUGAGCCUCCAUCUCCCAGUGUCCUUCCCAAGCCACCGAGCCAUUGGGUAGGAGACAACACCCAGGAGCAUUCGAACCCGAGCAGAGCGCUCAUGACAGUGCACCUAAAGACUCUACUCAAGCUCCACGCAUUGCCAUGAAUUGAGAUUCAGAAAUCUGAAAAGAAAAAAGGAGAAAGAGUAAGCCACCCUAGUGCAAUUCAGCACAUUUUAAAGAGUUUUGGAGUUGGAAGUUGUUGCAACAGAAGGUCCUGAAGUUUGGACUGUAUUGAAUUUUACAUUUGCGUGGAACAGCAGCCUUGUACAGUUUAGUGGAUUUUUAAUGAACUUCUGUAAAUGUAAAUAUUGUAAACCAUGUAAUAUUGUGUAUAUUUUUCAUGUUCUUUUAACAAAAGUAAAUUAUAGUUUUGUUACUGAAACCUGUAUGUACUGUAUUAUGUACCAACAAUCGGUGCACUUUCUGAAUUGUUUUAUUUUGUCUAUAAAAAUGAGACAGUAAAAUCUGUUGGGGCACAAAUAAAGCAAGAAACAAUUUGUGUUCUCUUACUAAUUUGCACAAGACUGAUAACCAAACAGAUGCUUAAGCAACUGGAUUGGAGCAAAACAACCUGUGGAUUCUUUAAGCCAACUCGUAAUGCACUACUGAGAAAACCAAUAACUUGAGGCUCAAUCUCAGAAGUCCAGGAACUGGAAUUGAAAUGUGAACAUCUCAUCAUGAAUCAAGCUUUGUGACCUCAGAUGAAGAGAACUGCCUCCUGGUUUUACUAAUCCUGCUUUCUUCACUCAAUACCACCAGCACUGACCUUCUGCUUAACAAGAACGUUUAGUUUUCAAGGUUAUUUUAAUAUCUUGCCCUUUAUCCCCUAUAACAUCUAUAGUGACAUCCAAGAAUAAUACAGUUAAAAAGCCCCAUACAAAAAGGUGUCAGUUGGACUUUUGUUAUGUCAUUGGAAAAUGUUCAUUUUAAAAAAAAAUGUUUGAUUUGUGUUAAUCCUAUUUUUGAGUUCUUGGAUCUUUUUAAUAGAACACAGAUGGAAAAUGAUACACAGCACUAAAAUCAAGACAUUUUGUUGCAACUCUUCUUUUAAAUUCCAAAAAAAAAAUAUAUAUUGCUAAUCUCCCAUUUCUUUACAAUUGGCUACAUAACAGAACAAAUAAAACCUAUUUGGCCUCCCCCAAA